GACCAAAAAUACUAAUAAAAUAAAAAAAUUUUUGAUCUUUGAUUUUAAUAUCUUCCAUUUUCGGCAUAACACACACACACACACACACACACCACCAUUGCAAUAGCCCAAAGCCAAAUACUAUUAUUAAUAUUUAUAUACAAAAAGGAGAGAGAGGAAGAAGAGAUCUCUUUCUCUUUCUCUAUCUUCUAUCUCUGUCUCUCUAUAUUUUCUUCAUGUUUGUUGUAGCUCAUUGUGGAAGAGUUGGUUAGUGUUGGGUUUGUUAGGCUUCUCUCUUUCUCUGUUUAAGGAGGUGUGGUGUGGGUUGUUUCAGAGGAAGAGCAGAGAAGAAGAGCUAGGCGUGGAGGUGUAGAAGAGGUAGCUAUCAAUCACAGGCUUGCCUCGGCAAUCGUCACCGUUUAUUGAAAAACGAUUUUCAAGAUUCCAUCUCCAAAGAGCUAUAGUUCCAUCCGUUGAUUACCCAGAAGAUGAAAUGCCCUUCUUUACACGAUUUGAUCUCUCCUCUUCUUGUUGCUACUUGUUAUUAGCUAGUGUUAUAACACCACCGACUCGCUCAUUUCAAUCAUCAACUCACCAUUUUGAAUAAUGGGUAUUGCCUUCUUGCUUGAUAAUAACGUCACGCUAUCGACCCACUCCAUUUUGAAGGCAAUUCAAGGCUUGCCUGUAUUGGAGCUAGCCUCUAUUUGCAUUAAUUUGACGCUUUUUCUCGUCUUUCUCUUUAUAAUAUCUGCCAGACAAAUAUUUGUUUGCGUUGGCCGGAUUAGAUUCAUUAAGGAUGAUACGUCAGUUGCUAAUUCAAGCCCAAUUCGACGGACUAGUGCUGAUGGAGAGAUUCGAGAGGUUAUAAUCGGUAGUGGAUUUAAGUUGGUUUUACUUUGUUGUUUCUAUGUUUUGUUUUUACAAUUUUUGGUGUUGGGGUUUGAUGGUAUUGCUUUGAUUAGAGAGGCUGUUAAUGGGAAAGUUGUGGAUUGGUCUAUAAUUGCUUUACCUGCUGCCCAAGGUGUAGCUUGGUUUGUGUUAAGUUUUUCAGCACUUCAUUGUAAAUUUAAGGCGUCUGAGAAAUUCACACUAUUGUUGAGGGUGUGGUGGGUUUUCUCAUUUUUGAUUUGUUUAUGUACUUUGUAUGUGGAUGGGAAGAGUUUUCUGAUUGAAGGUGUGAACCACUUGAGUUCUCAUGUUGUGGUGAAUCUUGCUGCAACUCCGGCUCUUGCUUUUCUAUGUUUUGUAGCAAUUAGAGGUAUUACUGGAAUACAAAUUUGUAGGAAUUCUGAUCUUCAAGAGCCAUUACUUCUUGAAGAAGAGGCAGGAUGUCUUAAGGUCACUCCAUAUAGUGAUGCUGGGUUAUUUAGCUUGGCUACUCUUUCAUGGUUAAACCCACUACUCUCUAUUGGUGCAAAAAGACCACUUGAGCUUAAGGACAUACCCCUUCUUGCUCCUAAAGAUCGGGCCAAGACUAAUUAUAAAGUUUUGAAUUCAAAUUGGGAAAAAUUGAAGGCAGACAAGCCUUCAGAGCAGCCUUCUUUAGCUUGGGCAAUUCUCAAGUCAUUCUGGAAGGAAGCGGCUUGCAAUGCCAUAUUUGCCUUGGUGAAUACUCUUGUUUCAUAUGUGGGUCCAUACAUGAUUAGCUACUUUGUUGAAUAUUUAGGGGGGAAAGAGACUUUCCCCCAUGAGGGAUAUAUUCUUGCUGGGAUAUUCUUCUCAGCCAAGCUUGUGGAGACCUUAACAACCCGGCAAUGGUAUCUUGGUGUUGACAUUUUGGGUAUGCAUGUGAGAUCGGCUUUGACAGCAAUGGUGUACCGAAAAGGACUCAGGCUCCCAAGUUUGGCCAAGCAAAGUCACACUAAUGGAGAAAUUGUUAAUUAUAUGGCAGUUGAUGUCCAGAGAAUAGGGGAUUACUCCUGGUAUCUCCAUGACAUAUGGAUGCUUCCCCUGCAAAUAAUUCUUGCACUUGCAAUUUUGUUUAAAAAUGUUGGAAUUGCUGCUGUUGCAACUUUAGUUGCCACCAUUAUCUCCAUCAUUGUUACUGUCCCCCUGGCUAAGAUACAAGAAGAAUAUCAAGACAAAUUAAUGGCUGCUAAAGAUGAUAGGAUGAGGAGGACUUCUGAGUGUCUGAAGAAUAUGAGGAUUAUGAAGUUGCAAGCUUGGGAGGACAGGUAUCGAGUGAAGCUGGAGGAAAUGCGAGAUGUGGAGUUCAGAUGGCUCCGCAAAGCCCUUUAUUCUCAAGCUUUUAUAACAUUCAUUUUCUGGAGCUCUCCUAUAUUUGUUGCAGCUGUUACUUUUGGUACUUCAAUAUUGCUGGGUGGUAAGCUUACAGCAGGAGGUGUUCUUUCUGCUUUGGCCACCUUCAGAAUCCUACAAGAACCACUCCGGAAUUUCCCUGAUUUGGUGUCAAUGAUGGCCCAGACAAAAGUUUCUCUUGAUCGAAUUUCUGGAUUCCUACUGGAGGAAGAUUUGCAGGAAGAUGCAACCAUUGUUCUGCCACGAGGCAUGUCAAACAUGGCAAUAGAAAUUAAAGAUGGUGAGUUCAGCUGGGAACCCUCUUCUUCAAAGCCUACUUUAUCAGGCAUACAAAUCAAGGUGCAAAAAGGGAUGCGUGUAGCUGUUUGUGGCACGGUUGGCGCUGGAAAGUCGAGCUUUCUUUCUUGUAUCCUUGGGGAGAUUCCUAAAAUCUCUGGUGAAGUAAGAGUUUGUGGCUCUGCUGCUUACGUGUCCCAGUCAGCAUGGAUACAAUCUGGAAAUGUUGAGGAAAAUAUUCUUUUUGGCAGUCCAAUGGAUAAAGCAAAGUACAAAAAUGUUAUCCAUGCUUGUUCGCUGAAAAAAGACUUGGAACUUUUCUCACAUGGUGAUCAGACCAUCAUUGGUGAUAGAGGUAUAAAUUUGAGUGGUGGCCAGAAGCAGCGGGUACAGCUUGCAAGGGCUUUAUAUCAAGAUGCAGACAUUUAUUUACUUGAUGAUCCCUUCAGUGCUGUUGAUGCACAUACUGGUUCAGAACUGUUCAAGGAAUACAUAAUGACGGCACUAGCAACUAAGACUGUGAUUUUUGUGACCCAUCAAGUUGAAUAUUUGCCUGCCACUGACUUAAUACUGGUUCUCAAGGAAGGGCGCAUUAUACAGGCUGGGAAAUAUGAUGAUCUGUUACAAGCAGGAACUGAUUUUAAAACUUUGGUUUCAGCUUAUCAUGAAGCAAUUGGAUCUAUGGAUAUCCCAAGUCACUCAUCUGAUGAUUCAGAUGAGAGUUUGCCUGUGGAUGUCUCUGUUGUAUUUAAUAAAAAAUGUGAUGCAACUGCAAGUAAUAUUGACAGUUUGGCAAAGGAAGUACAAGAGAGUGCAUCAGCCUCUGAUCAAAAAGCAAUUAAAGAGAAAAAGAAGGCAAAACGGUCAAGGAAAAAGCAGCUUGUUCAGGAAGAGGAAAGGGUGCGAGGGAGAGUCAGCAUGAAGGUGUACUUGUCAUAUAUGGCUGCAGCAUAUAAAGGCUUACUAAUUCCCCUAAUAAUCCUUGCACAAACAUUGUUUCAAUUUCUUCAAAUAGCUAGUAAUUGGUGGAUGGCUUGGGCAAAUCCCCAAACUGAAGGAGAUCUUCCUAGAGUGAAUCCUAUGUUACUCCUUGGUGUUUAUAUGGCCCUUGCUUUUGGGAGCUCAUGGUUUAUAUUUGUGAGGGCUGUUCUGGUUGCUACAUUUGGCCUGGCAGCUGCACAGAAAUUGUUUUUGAAAAUGCUUAGAUCUGUGUUUCGAGCACCGAUGUCUUUCUUUGACUCUACCCCAGCUGGACGUGUAUUGAAUCGGGUGUCUAUAGAUCAAAGUGUUGUGGAUCUUGAUAUACCUUUUAGACUUGGUGGGUUUGCUUCAACCACGAUACAGCUUUUUGGAAUAGUUGGUGUCAUGACAAAAGUUACCUGGCAAGUUUUGCUUCUUGUUGUUCCAAUGGCUGUUGCUUGCUUGUGGAUGCAGAAAUACUACAUGGCUUCAUCAAGGGAACUGGUUCGCAUUGUCAGUAUCCAGAAAUCUCCUAUCAUCCAUCUUUUUGGCGAGUCAAUUGCUGGAGCAUCCACGAUAAGAGGCUUUAGGCAAGAAAAAAGGUUCAUGAAGAGGAAUCUUUAUCUUCUUGAUUGUUUUGCCCGUCCUUUCUUCUGUAGUCUUGCUGCUAUUGAAUGGCUUUGCCUGCGCAUGGAAUUACUUUCAACCUUUGUAUUUGCUUUCUGCAUGAUUUUGCUGGUUAGCUUUCCCCAAGGAAGUAUUGAUCCAAGCAUGGCAGGCCUGGCUGUAACUUAUGGCCUUAAUUUAAAUGCACGCCUAUCAAGGUGGAUACUCAGCUUUUGCAAACUAGAAAACAAAAUUAUUUCUAUAGAAAGAAUUUAUCAAUACAGCCAAAUUCCAAGUGAAGCUCCAUUAGUUAUUGAGGGUUCCCGUCCAGCACCCUCAUGGCCUGAGAAUGGAACAAUUGAUCUGAUUGAUUUGAAGGUUCGUUAUGGUGAGAAUCUUCCUAUGGUGCUUCAUGGGGUAUCAUGCACCUUUCCCGGUGGAAAGAAAAUUGGAAUUGUGGGACGAACUGGAAGUGGUAAAUCCACACUGAUCCAAGCACUAUUUCGGUUAAUUGAACCUGCUGAAGGGAGAAUCUUUAUAGACAACAUUGAUAUUUGUACUAUUGGCCUCCAUGAUCUUCGUAGCCGUUUGAGUAUCAUACCGCAGGAUCCUACUUUAUUUGAAGGGACAAUUAGGCGGAAUCUUGAUCCCCUUGAAGAGCGAACAGAUCAGGAAAUUUGGCAGGCUCUUGAUAAAUCCCAGCUUGGGGAGAAAGUCCGCAAUAAAGAACAAAAGCUUGAUACACCAGUGCUAGAUAAUGGGGAUAAUUGGAGUGUAGGGGAACGGCAACUCGUUGCCCUAGGUCGGGCUUUGCUCAAGCAGGCUAGAAUAUUAGUGUUGGAUGAAGCUACAGCAUCAGUGGAUACAGCUACGGACAAUCUUAUCCAGAAAAUUAUCCGGAAAGAGUUUAAGAAUUGCACUGUUUGCACAGUUGCACAUCGUAUCCAUACUAUCAUUGACAGUGAUCUAGUUUUGGUACUCAGUGACGGUCGAGUUGCAGAGUUUGAUUCUCCAGUUCGGUUGUUAGAAGAUAAAUCAUCCAUGUUUGCAAAGCUGGUAGCGGAGCAUGUGACAAGGUCAACAAGCGGCAUACCAGACUUUUGAUCAGAUGGUAUGCUGAAAAUACUUUGGGUGAGAGGCAGGAAGAGCAGAUUGAGGUCCACGAGCAAAGUGGAUGCUGCUGCUGCUGCUGCAUUCGGCGGACGGGAAUUGAAAACAGGAAGGAUUAAGGUGCAAGCUUCGAUUCUUGCAUGAUCCCUAUAGUUUCAAGUUCAAGGGAGAAUCCAUGCUUGGUUGGCAUAAUUUGUAUCAGAAAAUAAGUUGGUAAUAAUCACACGAGAAGGGGAAAAAAAAAGAAAGAAAAUUGUGGGUCUAAAUUCGUUCGAUGAUGUGCAAUAAAAUUAGUGGUUAGAUUAGGGCAGGCUUCUGUUUUUGUGUAGGAAAAUUGUAGAGCUAAACUAGUCAAUGCCCAUCCCACUUCAUUCUAGUGGCAUAAUUCAGUUUUAGACUAGAAAUUUUGGAUGCCAGAAAUUUCUUCUACUAUUGUUUCUCUUUAUUUCUUCACUUUCUGCUUCCCAUUAUAUAUAUUGACAUGCAUGGUUAUUCCUAA